AUGCUCCGCAAAGCUUUGACUUUGUUGGUCACGCUGGCUGAUGCGCAGACCAAGUGGCCCGAGUGUUUGGAGAAAGGUGUGGCCUAUACAGAUUUGAUGACCAUCUCUGCCGGCUGGGCAGUCGACCGCCUGCACCAGGAGCCCAACGCGGGCUACCUGGAGAAUGCCAAGGCCUGUGCUGACAGCUGCCAGAUUGCGCCCGCCUGCAAGCACUUUACCUUCAAGACCAAGUCAUACCCCCAAGGCGGCGCGUGCUACUUGAUUCAGCAGCUGGACGCAUUGACUCAUCGCUACGAUGACGCGGAUGCGGUGAGUGGUGCUAAGAAUUGCAACGUCACCGUGAACGUCCCUGCUGUGAAGAUGGCAGUGGACCCCAUCGCUGUCCCUGCCACGCCUGCCACACCCACGGUGGAGGCAGGGAAGCCUGAUGCCACACUCCAGCCUCAAAUUGACGAGCCCAAGCUCCCCAAGGCUGACGUGGAGCCUCCCAAGGCUGUCACACUGCCAGCACCGGUCACACCUGAGGCACCCGCCGUGGCCACUGUGGCACCCCUGGCCACCGUGGCACCCCUGGCCACCGUGGCACCCCUGGCCACCGUAGCACCCGUCGCACCGGUUGUGCCUAAAGCCAGUGUCACCCCCCCCAAGCCCGUCACCCUUCCGGCGGUCGUCACUCCUGUGCCACUGACUGCAAAGGCUGAGGUCACUGCUCCAGCCGAUGCGACGGCCGCAGCGGCGGAAACGGCGACUGCGGCUGCGAAGGUGGUCAGUGAUGGGGCAGAAGAUGCCAGCUCAGCCGCGGGUGCUUUGGAGUUUCCCAUGCACGAUGGCACGUGCCUCCAGACGGGAAUCGCCUUCAAGAAUCCCGUGCUGGGAAUGGUGCCCACGCAGUUCGCCGACACGGCAGAGGACUGCCAGAAGAAGUGCGCAGACUCCACGGUUUGUACGUGGUUUACCUGGAAGUCCGACAGCUUUCCUAAGAACGGAUGUUGGUUCUUUGACGGUGAACUCACGACCUUGGCGCAUUCAGCCGAUCCGGGUGCCACCAGCGGACCGAAGGACUGUUCUGCUUCCUUGGCCAAGGGUGUUGGUGAAGGCGGCAAAGCAAUGGUGGCCGGAGCCCAGGGCGGCUUAGAUUCCAACAUGCUGUGGGCCAUCCUGGGUGGCACUGCUGCAGCUGCGGCGCUGGGCGGUGUGGCCCUUUAUGCCAGCUCCGGAGAGAAAAAGGUGAAGAAGUCCAAGCGCAGCAUGAAGGUGACGGCUGAUGAGGAAGCACCUUUGGCCAGCGCAGGUGGCAUUGCGCCAUCGCCCUCCUUCGCCCCUCCACAGCCCGGCAGCGCUCAGAUGGUGGCCCCCACCUUUGCUUACACUCAAGCGGCACAGCCCAUGACCUACACGCAAGUGCCACAGCCAGCGACCUACCAGGUCGCCCAGCCCAUGACCUACACCCAAGCACCAGUGACCUACACCGCCUACACCCAAGUACCGCAAGCGACGUACUCGCCAGUGGUCACCGAAGCUGCUCAGGAUCUUCACUUGUGUGUUUUUUUCCCGACCAUUCUUGACACCCCAGAGUUUCGGUGCUUUUGGGGUCCUUUGCGAAGGGGAGGUGCCUUGUCAGGUUUGGGCAUCUCCGGAAAGGGGUGCAAAAGGCUCCGCUGGGACCUGCUGCAGACUUUGAAGACUCAGUUCGGGGCCCCGGCGGGCCAAGGGAUCCGGGCGCGAUCUCCCCAUGCCGACGCGGAUUGGGGCGUGGCGCACGUGGCCGCGAUGCUUCUGGGCCGCUUGCAACGAACGGCCCUGGCCGACUGCGAGGACUGCGGACUCUCCUUCCCUGAUACAACACCGGCCGGCACACCGGAGGUCCUUGAGAUCGUGGUGGAGCCUCGCAGACGACGCACCUCGAAGCACCGGAAGUCCAGACGACGCGGCUUGGCGCUCAAACAGCUGGUGCUGGUGCUCUUCGCGGUCUUCGCAAGGCAACUGAUGGGGCUCAGCCUGGAGACGGCUCAGCUCCGCGGCGAGAAGAAGUCGACGCAGGCGAACAGCUCUGAGAGCAAUGCAACGGAGAACAUCAGCGGUCCCAUGGGUAUGUCGCUGCCACACGGUGCGUCUUCGGAGGGCGCUGAGGUGGGUAAUGAGACGGUGCCUGUGACUGAUUCAGAGACCUGUGACGAGCGCAAAAUACGGGAUGGGCCCGAUCUUGGAGCGCAGAAUUUGGACAGCGAGAGCUGGGAGGUCAAUGAGAGUGACAUCGAGUCAGACGACUCGGACCGAGGCGCUGCCGCGGUGGGGCGGCGCAUGGCGGAUGGCCCAGCGGAGGUUUCACGUCCAACCUCAGCGGAGCAGACGGCGGAUGGCCGGAGACCUCCACCUCCACCAGCACGAGAAGAGGGGCCCCUCUUCGGAUUGAAUGAGUUGAAGCAGGAGACCAGCGCUCGAACCCGAUGCUUGGAGAGCGCCAAGCUGAGUCGAGAACGGGGCGAACUCAUGCAUCACCCAGGUGCGCGAGCAGCGAAGUGCAACGUGUGGGUCUUCCGGGUGGGGAGCUGUGAACUUUGGAACUGCAGCUCCAAAGAGGCCCUCCACAGGGCAGCAGACUCAGGCGUCGCUGAGCCGGAUGGUGACAUGUUCGCAGUGGGCGAAGGCCCUGCGGCCAACGGGCAGUGUUGCGAAGUUGCAGAGUGCCGACGGUGGUUGCCUCAGUGCACUGGGAAGAAGAUGAAUGAGAGCCCGAUCAGGCUUCGCAUUCGCUUGCGCAUGCGGUGUCACAUCCGUUGUCGGGUUGGCCUUCAGGACGAUGGAGAGACCUUCAACAUCACCCGGGAAGGUGCCUACGUUCUGCUCCAGAGCCCUCGAGGACUGCUCCGCUCCGAUGGCACAGCCAUCAUGGUGAGCAGACGCGAAGGAAGGCCACCGGAGGAAGGCCUCUUCCGUGUCGUUCGUGGCCUGGACCUGCCCAGCGGCAACGACACGGAGCGUGUUUGGGUGCACAGCAGCUUGUGCAACUACCAGGAGCCCUUUGGCGGUGAAGGUGGCCGCGAGCGGCGGAGCGCCACCUAUGUGAAGCUCUGGGAAUGGAACUAUGUGGACGUCUUGAAGGAAUGCCAAGAAGUCUUGGGCCCCUCAGGGGUGACAGCUGUGCAGCUGUCUCCAGUAGCUGAGCACUUGGUGGGGCCUCAAUGGUGGGUCAGGUACCAGCCGGUGAGCGCUUCGUUGCACUCCCGCAGCGGCACGGCCGACGAGCUGCGCUCCGCCGUCGCGGGCUGCCGAACUGCAGGAGUUGAGGUGAUCAUCGACGUGGUUUUGAAUCACAUGGCUCGGCCCUGCCCAGCGGCACAAGAGUUGCUAGAAGGGACGCCCUGUGUUGGCUGGAAUGGAACUGCCUAUGGCAACCGGCGGACAGCAGGCGCGCGCGGUUGGGAUGCUGCCACACCGCUCCACUUCCAUCACCGUGGCAAGGAGAUUUGGGGAGCUUGUGGCGUCGGACCGGAGACAGGCUUCCUUUGCGGGUCGCCGGUGACCACUGACUGCAGCUGCUGCCCUUGUGACAUGUAUGGCUUGCCAGACUGGGAUCUCGCUGUUAAAGCGGUGGAGGAGUCUCAUGCCAGGCAUUUGGAGGAGUUGCACCGGAUGGGCGUCACCAUGCUCCGUAUAGAUGCCGCGCUGUACAUGGAGUCAGACUUGGUCUCAAGGUUCUUGAAUCGAUUUCCCUGGGAUAUGGUCUACCAGGAAUGGUGGCAUGAGCUUCCCCUACCGGGACGCACCGACGUCUUUGGCCUGUAUCGAGAUUUGAAGUUCAUGCGUCGCAUCGCCGAGUUCCUGGAUGUGGCGCCGCUGGCGCGAAGCCCGGAGGUGCUGAACGUCACCCGAGGGGAUUUCUACAUCAAUCCCAACGAGGCCGUGUAUCCCACUUGCUUUCAUGAUGGCCGAAGUGAUCGAGCUGAUCCGGCCGUGCCAACCUUCAAGAAUGGUUUGGCCUUCCACCAGCAGCAGCUGUUCAUGUUAGCCUCGCCCUUCCCGAUCACCGUGCUGCUUUGGGGCGGCUACGCCUGGCGACAGAUCGAUGACGGACCCCCCGGCUGCGAGCCAGGUAUGGCGACCCCAGGCGCCUCACCCUUGGCGGAAGGUGACGUGGAAGACCGGCGCUGGGUUUGCGAACACAGGUGGCAAGGCGUGGCUGGCCUUAUCCGCUUUCGCCGCAGCUGUCGACAGCCCAUGACUGAGUCCUGGCACUCAGGCCACGGCGGGACCCUGCUUUCGCCUGGGCACGUGGCUUUCCGCCUGGGCGGCAGCUGUUUUGUGGCCAUUGCACGAGGUGCCGGUCGCUGGCAGCUGAGCGGUUUAGCCACACAGCUGCCUCCCGGACCUGCGUUCGGGAGGUGGUGCUUGGGCCUGGUGGCCGAGUCCUCGAAGGAGGACCGGGUUGGUGCUGCCAUGGCCUCCCCCAGUGUGGCGCUUGAGGAAGACCGCAUGGACCGCGCUCAAACCUGGCUCGUAGUCCGCCGUUCUGCACGGCCCGUUCCGCUGUGCGCACGCACAGCGUCCGUGGGCCCAACCGAGCUGGGCGGCGUGAGAGGAAGGAAACUGGACCUCUCCCACCACUCAGCAGCCCUUCUGUGCCUCUCAGAGGCUGCGCGGCGGCCGGCGGAGGCGGAUCUCCGCGCUCAGAUCGAGGGGAUUGGAAUGACCAAUGGUGAGCAGCGUUUCACACUUCUAGCACCCAUCUUGGAGAAUGAGGCCGCCGCCUUACUGCAGUCAACUCACCUGGAACUGGGCGAGAAGCCCGGCCGGAACAAAGAUGUCCGAGAGCUUGACCUCAAAGCGCCCAAGGAGAAGCCACCCGGAGCCGGUCAUUUUUCACGCGGCAGCCCCGCAAGGGGUGCGGAGCGGACGAGUAAUUAG